UACCCGGACAGUUUAUUGAUCGAGCGCGGGAGGAAGAUAUCGAGAGCGCCGAUCGACGCCAGACCGGUCGCGCACAUCGCACCGGGCGAUGGCACAUGUUUUGCCGGGCUGAAGAAGGAGACUGCCCGAGCGCCACCGCCAAGAUGAUCGAUUUCUUCCCGAACGCGACCCUACCCGAUCCCACGGGCUGGGGCUCCUCAAGCUCCGGUCCAGCAUCUUUCUUCAACUCCUCCGGCUAUGGGAACCACACCAACCGGCUGUACUACACCUUCCCCGGGUUCGAGUACCCCACCACCGCUGAAACCGCCGUGAAGAUCCUCGUCACCGCCCUGGUGUUUCUGAUCGCCCUGAUCGGCAACGCUACGGUCAUCGGCGUCGUCCUCAUCACCAAGACCAUGUGGACGCCCACCAACUUCUACAUCAUGAACCUGGCCGUGGCAGACCUGCUCAUAGCCCUGUUCUGCAUGUGGAUCCAACUGGUGGCAGACCAGACCGCCAACUGGAUAUUCGGAGACUUCAUGUGCCGCUUCUACACCUUCAUUCUAGGUGUGUCGGUUGUGUCCAGCAUCCUGACGAUGGUGGUGAUCGCGAUGGACCGCUUCUUCGCCAUCAUCUUCCCGCUGAAGGCCCGGGUAACCGACACCAACGCCGUGGUGGUGGUGGCCCUGAUCUGGACAGCCUCCAUCGCAACCCACAUCCCACUCUUGGUGGUCCUGGAGCAGAUGGAAAUUACCUGGGACGACGGCCAUCGUGAGGUGUGGUGCCGAGAGAGCUGGCCUGACUAUGAGCGGCAGCGCGCAGUGUACACCAUCUUCCUCUUCGUGGUCAUAUACACCCUGCCUCUCCUCAUCAUCUCCGGAGCCUACGCCAUGAUCGCUAAGACCCUGUGGAACAAGAAGACCCCCGGAGUCACCAUCGUUGCCACCGAAUCUGCCCAGGCAAAGACCAAGCGAAAGGUGAUCCGGAUGAUGGUGGUGGUGGUGUUGGCCUUCUUCAUCUGCUGGACUCCGUACCAGAUCCUCCAGCUCUACAUCGAGUUCACUGACGACUCCAAGCGUCCCUUCUGGUUCCCGGACCUGCGCUACUCGGUGCUGUUGCUCGGCUACGCCAACUCCGCCUGUAACCCCAUCAUCUACAACGGCUUCAGCGAGAACUUCCGCAAGGGAUUCUGGGACGUCCUGAAGCUGAGAUGCCUACGGCGCAACCGCGUUGAGCCCGGGGUGCCACCCAACCAGAACGAGGCUGACAAUGGCCGCCACGACCUGCAGCUGCGCAUUCGAACCGUCGAGACCGUCUCUGCGCAUGUGUAGGCAUGGUAUAUUUUUCUUACACACCACCAGUACUUCUCUCACCUUGCUUACGUUCCAUG